UAAUUGAAUAAAUUCUUGUAUGAGUGAAAGCAAGCAUGAAUUCGAAAAAAAUAAAAUUUCUUCAGUGUGUUUUUUCAGAGGCUAUUUGGCCCUUUGGGCUUUGGUUUUUGAGGAAGAAUUGAUGGGUUAUGAGUACUGGGGAUGGAUUUCAUAUAUAAUUGAGUUACUUGAAGCCCAUUUUUUUAUAUGUUUGAAGCCCAAAUCUUUGAUAAGAUUAAAGCUUAUUUAGAAUUGGUGUCACGUUUGUUUUCCAGCUUUUCUUUUCUGUCUCCCAUGGCAGAAGAAUUUCCUGAAGAAGUCAAUUCCCCACAGCCUCCUCCAUUUUUGGAGGUUAUAUGCAAAAGUUCUGGUAAGAAAAGCCGGUUUGCAGUGGGUACCAAGGCCGGAUUUGCAGUGUCAUUGAUUAAUAGAAAGUUGGGUAUUGGAGCUCCUCUUGCUUUGCAUAUUGAAGCAGUUAAAGAAGGGGAGGAACCCAUUAGCUUUGGCCCUGAUGCGGUUCUUGUUAAUUAUGACAAUGGUUGGAAGUUGCAAACAGUUACUGAAUUGGAUUUUCCAGGCACCAGAAAAGAAGAUGCUGUUCGUGGAGUUUCAACACAGAUCCCUUUUGUAAAGAACUUUGAUGACUCUCAUUCUGCUAAGGGGGCUUCAAAACCAGGAAUCAGUUUUCUUUACAUCGCAAAAAUACUGGCAGCUUUUAUUUUGAUGUUCGUGUUGGCUGGAAUUUUCAUGUUGGCUCUUGAGAAUCUUCCUAGACUAAUUUUGUUUAUUAACUCGUCCAUGUAACCGUGUUUCGAUCUCAAAAAUAUAUUUGAUUUCUGCA